UCUGUCCAUUCUUCUUCAUGCCUUCUCAUUCCUGGCAAACGGUUGCUCUCUCCUUGCUCCUAACUCGCUUGGUGACUUUAGUGGUCUACCGAUGGUUCUUUCAUCCUCUCCGAAAGUUCCCUGGACCGUGGCUCGCCUCUGUCACCAAGUACUACAGGGGAUACUAUGAGAUAUUCCGUGACGGAGGUUGGCUAGACCAGCUCGAAGUAUUGCACCAGCGGUAUGGUCCCGUUGUCAGAGUCGCUCCAAGCGAGCUUCACUUCAGUGAUCCCGAUGCUUACGACGACAUCUAUGUGACUUCAAAAAUACUCAAGGAUCCCACGUGGUAUUUUACGACGUCGCCAGCUCCAGGAUCAGUGUUUAGUGAGAUUGAUCCGAAGGAAGCUGCAAAGAGGCGAUUCAAGCUUGGUUCAUAUCUUUCUCGGAAAGCUGUCCUCCGACUAGAGGAAGUUGUUCAAGCAAAGGUAAACAAACUCGUCAAAAUAUUAUCAUCGUACCCAACACCAUCGAAUAUACAUUACGGUUACCGAGCUGCAACAUUCGACAUCAUCUCGUCCUAUGUAUUCGCGCAAGAAAUGAACGCACUUGACUACCCGGGAUUCAAGCACCAAUUCCUGACCGCCAUGGAUGAGAUCUUCCAUACCGCUUGGAUUCUCAAAUAUCUCCCCUUCCGUCUCGACCGACUCCCCGAAUGGAUCUGUCGGAGGAUCGCCCCCGUCACUAUACCACUGAUCGAGGAACGACAGUAUAUUGCAAACAAAAUUGACGAACUAGCAAUGAACCUCAACAAUCACGACCCAGAGGACAAAAAAGCAGUUUUCGAUAUGUUCAUUAGGGAUUCCUCCGACUCGGGACUGCCGAGAUGGAAACUCAUCGACGAGGGUGCUGCUUUCCAAAUGGCAGCGACCGACACGACAGCGAACGCAUGUGCGCAUGGGACUUUCCAUCUCUUGAUGAACCCGGAGAUUCUUGUCAAGUUGAGGAAAGAGCUGGAUGAGGCUUGGAAGGAUGUUAGUCAGGAUAUGAAAUAUGGGCAAUUGGAGGAAUUGCCGUAUCUCGGUGCUGUUAUUAAAGAAUCUUUGCGAUUAUCCUGUGGGAUAUCCUCGCCGACGCCCCGGCUGGUCGGAAAGAAGGAAGUGACUAUUGCGGGCUGUACGGUACCUCCAGGCACUAUCGUCGGCUGUGCCUCGUAUAUAAUACACUCCAACCCGACUCUAUUCCCAGACCCGAACAAAUUUAUCCCAGAACGUUGGUUAAGCGGGGACUCACGCAAGUUGGAGAAGUAUCUCGUGGCAUUUUCAAAGGGUCCACGGAUCUGUUUGGGGAUCAACUUGGCCUGGUGCGAGAUGUAUCUUAUUCUCGCCAAUGUUUUCCGUAAAUUGGAGUUCGAGGCUCAUGAAGCGACACUCGAAAAUGUGCGGUUCAGAGACUAUAUUUUGCCUCUCGUCCACGAGCACUUGCACGUGCAGGUGAAGGGCUUAAGAUCGUGAUGGGCAGUUUCAGUCUAUGCAAUGCAACAAAUAUCAAGAUCCCGCUGAUAAAUUAAAGGACACGGGGAUAGUAUACAUACACCAUCAUACAUAGUAAACUGAGUGGUGAAAAUAUUCCCGUACAUUUAUACGGAGUAAACUGUAACGAGCAUCUGAUGAUCAUCUUCCCCGAGUAAUUUUGAAGUGUAAACCGUACCUCCAAAUCAUGAAACGUACUC